CGUAUCUCCCUCCUCUUUCCCGAUUGGUUACUGCCGAGCCAUCUAAAGCCGUUAUACGUUUUUCCACCUGUCGCUCAAAACUCUGCCCCGCCCACCAGGAAAUCACAGGCAAUGAAAAUGCGGAGACCUGGAAGCUCUGUUUGUGGAUGAGUCCUGCCGAUCUCCAGUCAGUGUCACGUCCAGCCUAGAGGCCAGAACUGAGCUCCGGGAUCCGUUUGGAGCGACUCGGAUGUGAAAGCAUCUGCAGGAGGGAGGGGCGGAGCUGAGAUGUCAUUCAGAAGUGCAGAGGGCAUGUCCAUCAUGCAGGCCUUAGCCAUGACUGUGGCUGAGAUCCCUGUGUUCCUGUAUUCCACCUUUGGACAGUCUAUAUUCUCUCAGCUGAAGUUGAGUCCUAGUCUGAAGAAGGUGCUGUUCGCCACGGCACUGGGCAGCGUCGCUCUGGCACUGACCGCACAUCAGUUAAAGAGGCGGGGCAGGAAGAGGAAGCAGGUGGCCAGUAAAGAAGCGCAGAAACCUGUGGGCAUCCCAGAACAGCUGCUCCGAACCAGCCGGCCGGCUUCGCUCAAGAGAGGUCCGGUUCCAGGGCGGCAGAUGAUGAGUCCCAGCACCCGCAGUAAUGACACGCUCAGCGGCGUCUCGUCUCUCGCACAAAGCAAACACUCCAGCUCUUCACACAGCAUCGCCUCUAUGCGAGUCCCCUCCUCUCCCAACCAAUCAGUGAACACUGGGAUGCCGUGGGAGGCGGAGCCAGUGGCGGAGGAGGCAGGAGUCGGAGAGGAUGCCAAUGCUGAGAACCUGUAUCUCAUGGGUAUGGAGCUUUUUGAGGAAGCUCUUCGGAAGUGGGAACUGGCUUUAAACAUCAGACACCGAGCUCACUCCGGUGCAUCCGGCUCUAGCAGUCUCGCCCCGCAAGGAUCAGAACUCGUUGAGCGUCAUUCGCCUGAACUUCAGAAUCAUCAGUUUGCGGAGAAGCUGGAAUCUCUGCUGCACCGAGCCUACCAUCUACAGGAAGACUUCGGCAGCACCAUCCCACCUGACAGCCUGCUCGCUGAUCUGGAGAGUGAAGGAACGCUGAUUCUGCCCACAGUGGGAAGCUCCCAUCCGAUCCAAGACGACGAUGCCACGACAGUCACGUCGGACGACUCGUUUUUCUCCGCCGCUGAGUUGUUUGAGACGUUCUCACUAGAGGACACGUAUCAUCCGCUGAAGCCGGCAGCUCUGUACGAAGAAGCCCUGAGUUUAGUGAGAGAUGGAGACGUGGCCUGCAGAUCACUGAGAACUGAACUCCUGGAGUGUUACAGCGAUCAGGACUUCCUUGCCAAACUGCACUGCGUUCGACAGGCCUUCCAGGUGCUGCUGCUGGAUGAGAGACACAGAAUGUUCUUCAUGGAAACAGGGAAGCGGAUGAUAUCUGGACUCCUGGCCAAAGCCAACAAGAGUCCAAAGGCGUUUCUGGAGAGUUAUGAUGACAUGUUGCAGUACACGAAGAGAGAAGAGACGUGGCCGGUCACCAAGAUGGAGCUGGAAGGACGAGGGGUGGUCUGUAUGAACUUCUUUGACAUUGUGCUGGACUUUAUCCUGAUGGAUGCGUUUGAAGAUCUGGAAAGUCCUCCGUCUUCAGUGGUCGCGGUUCUGAGGAACCGAUGGCUCUCGGACAGUUUCAAGGAGACGGCAUUGGCUACAGCCUGUUGGUCUGUCUUAAAAGCCAAAAGGAGACUGCUAAUGGUUCCUGACGGUUUCAUUGCCCAUUUCUAUGCCAUCUCCGAACAUGUGAGUCCAGUUUUGGCUUUUGGGUUUCUGGGCCCCCGACAGCACCUCAGUGAGGUGUGCACCAUAUUCAAGCAACAGAUCGUGCAGUAUCUGAAGGACAUGUUUGACCAUGAUAAGGUGCGUUUCACGUCCGUCCCGUCUCUGGCCGAAGACAUCCUCAGUCUGUCCCACAGACGGGCGGAUAUCCUAGUGGGUUACCUGGGCAUUGACAGUGUACCCGAGACCAAUGGAGCUCUACCCAAGAGCCCUUGCCAAGACAACAGUGGGCAUCCGGACGUCAGUGGACAGCAAGACUGAGGUGCAGAAUGCCUGAUGACCUUAUCUAGUUUUGAAAGAGCCCAGACCUCAUUUAGCUAUUCGUCACCGCCGACCAAUCAGCAUGACUGUAAAGAGUUCACAGAACUGCAUUCGCUUAAAUGGCGUUACAGCUACAGUCCCACUUCAUCCGAUAUUUAGAGAGACUGACUCUUUUCUUGAUCGGCUUCUUUGCCACCCGAAAAAAUCCAGUGCUGCUAUCUAGACACCUGAAUUUUAUGAACCGGGAUUCGCCCAGAUUGACGAAUUCUUUGGAAAUGGAUUCUUUCUGAAACUUUGAGGAACUCGCCACGAUCUGAAGGAACUGAAUAAAAACCAAACUUGGUUUUAGCCAAACGUUCAGCCUCGUUUUGAGUCGCAGCUCUUCUGAAUCGAACCCACAUGCCUCUUUCGUCGAAAGACUAGCUUUUGUUUGUUUUACAGGCCGUUAGUGUGUUGUUGAGCGUUUAUUUUUGUGCCAAUGGCCAAAUAAAGUCUUGCACUGAACACAAUGAA